UCUGAAUAUAAAUUGUAAAUUUUGGCGAGCAAACGACGUCGUAGUAGUGAAGAAUGUUGGUUUGCAAGUCCCAAGUCUCAGCUCACAGAGGUUAUCGACAACGUUAAACAAACAUGACCGCUCUAACCUCAUCCUCUCUCUUCGACUCCCAAAUUUUAAGAUUUUCAUCUUCAUCCUUUUCACACCCCAGAAAUUCUUCCAUCAAGAUUCGGUUUCCCAUCAAAAUUACCAGAAUCCGAGCGAGUUCAAACGAGCUACACAUCAAAACGGACCAAGAAUCUGAAGAAGAUGUUCAACAACCUGAUAAUGAUGAAGGAACUCAAAAGGGAAGCAAGAAUUCAAGUGGGACAACAUCAGCAUUAGACAAAGAUCUCAAAAAGGUAGUCCAAAAGACUGCUGCUACAUUUGCACCAAGGGCUUCGACUGCAAGCAAAAACCCUGCUGUACCAGGCAGCGUUUUAUACACGGUGUUUGAGGUUCAAGGCUACGUAUCUCUGCUGCUAGGAGGCGCUCUCUCCUUCAAUCUCAUCUUCCCAUCGAACGAGCCUGAUCUAUGGAGGCUCAUGGGCAUGUGGUCCAUAUGGAUGUUCACCAUUCCUUCCCUUCGUGCACGGGACUGCUCCAAGAACGAGAAAGAAGCUCUUAACUAUCUCUUCCUCCUCGUUCCAUUGCUCAACGUCACCAUCCCAUUCUUCUUGAAAUCAUUCGCAGUCGUUUGGUCUGCAGACGUCGUGGCCUUCUUUGGGAUGUACGCUUGGAAGCUCGGGUGGUUUUCGCAGAGAGAGUAGAAUUCUACACCUUCUUCAUUCAUAAGCAGCUUGCCUUGUGGAAAUAUGUACAGAAAUUCAAGAUUAUCAUAAUGUGGAGCAUAGAGGUAUUCUUGCCUUGAUAGGUGUUGAACAAAUUGUGGAAAAUAGAGGUGCUCAAAUUCUUGUUGCAUCAACAUAUAUGUACCUUCAAAAGUAUUUUUGUUCAUUCAAUCAAUCGUAAAUUUAUACUGCUCGGGCAA